AGCAACUUGGCUUGAUAUUAAUCAAGCAUAAUUAAAAAUUAAUAUAUCAAUAACAUGCUCUUCAUAACUUUUUGAAAUGAUUUUUUUAAGUUUCAAGAUUUCUUAAAUUGUUAUAAAAUUAUGCAUUUUUGUGAAAUAAUCACCUUUAAAUCAAUUUGAUUCAAGUCAAUUUAAUUUUUAAAUAGUAAUAAAUAAUGGCUCUUGUUCGUGCCCUGUGCUUGAACUUGUGCAAGCCGCAAAAGGCAUCUAUAUUCUUUAAACCCGCUCCUCAAAUUUUAUGUGCCAUUAAUGUCAAACUACACCCAGUUGAAGUUACGUCUGAACCAGUAUUUAACAGCUUGAUAUCAUGGAGAUUUUCUCAUGCCUUUCUAUCCAGAUUGACUGCUGAUCAAUUAUGGAAGGGAGUGACAAGUUUAAGCCCUGCUGGUAGACGUAAAGGUAGAGGGAGAGGAGGUGGUCGCAAAGUUGCCCGGGAUUUAAACAGAGGGCAAGUAAUUGGAUUUGGCAAAAAAAAUAUGCUGUGGCCAGGAUUGAACGCACCUGUAGUACAGGGUAGAGAAUUAUUAAGGCAACAAGAACUACCUCCUGAUGAAUCAAGAGAAAAACGAUUACUUGAAUUGAGGGAUAAAAUGGCCACCAAAAAAUCUUUUAAAAUACAUCCUCUAGAUAGAGGUUGGACUGGCUCAAGGCUGCCAGGACGUAGUUUGGGACCUCCUGAUGCUGUAGGAGAAGAUACAUUUGAAGGAUUUGAUUCUCGAGUUCUUGAGUUUAAACCUGUUAUGCAUAUGACUGCUGAAAGAGGGCGUUUCAGACGUUUAAGUGCCAUGGUUUGUGUUGGGAAUAAAAAAGGACUUGCUGGAUUUGCUGUUGCAAAAUCCGUGAAUGGGCAAUCAGCAGCAAAAGCAGCGAAAAAUAAAGCUGCUAAAAAUUUACGAUAUAUUCAGCUUGACAAUAACUCUGUAAUGCACGAUUUUUUCACUCAAUUUGGAGCUGUGAGGAUUUUUGUGAAGAAGAAACCUGAAGGUUAUGGUUUAUGUACACAUAGAGUUCUAAGAGCAAUCUGUGAAAUGGUUGGAAUUAAAGAUUUGUGGGCCAAAGUUGAAGGUCCGACUGACAACUAUCAAUGUUUGGUAAAAGCUUUCUUCAUUGGUCUUAUGAGACAGAAAACUCCCCAACUACUAGCUGAAGAAAAAGGCUUACACUUAGUUGAAAUGCGCAAGGACAGGGAUUAUUUUCCAGUUGUGAUAGCUUCACCAUCCAAGUGUCGUACCGAAAAGGAUUUUGGGCCAACAGAGCUAUUAGACUAUACACUUCAUUUACAUAAUAAUAAAGUGGAAGCUGAACGUAAACCGUUUCAACCCUUUUAUGUCAAUUUCCAUAGUUAUAUUAAAGAAAUGAAAGAUCGAGAAAGGCAACGAAAUCAGCGUGACGUUAGAAUACAUCUUUUGGCUAAAUAUGGUGCUCUGAAAAGUUUUAUUACAAUAAAAAAGGAAGAAGAAGCUAAACAAAAAUUAAAUGAGCAAGUUGAAGAAUAAUGCAUUUUUCUAUUUACUGUAAAUUUGCAAAUUAGAUUUGUAAAAAUCCAUUUGGAUUUGUACAAUAAAAUUGUUUCAAAUUA